UGGACAAUGAAAACAGUGACGAACCAGGAAAUGGAAUCCACAAUAUUUCGUUUACAUGACGUUUUGCGGAGAGCUUUUGCAGAGGAUGUUUCUAUGAAAAUGAUAGCCUAUUUAGUCCCAAUUGCUUCAAUUUUAAAUUAAAUAAGUUAUCCAUGAAGGGCUUUAUUGACUGCCACUGUCACAUCUCUGCAGGAGAUUUUGACAAGGUAGGACUUUUACAUAACGGAUAUUUUAUUAAAGUUUUACCAAUUGUUGGUUCUGUGUUAGAUAUGACAGUCUGUGUGUUUUGUCUAAUGCUUGAAUCAAUUUAUUGUAUUAUCUUUCAGGACAUAGAAGAUGUGAUUGAGAAUUCUAAAAAGGUAACUGUAACUUGUUCAGUUGUUAUUGCUGAUGUCGUCGUCCUGGGGAGGGCCCCUAGUCAUUGGCAAGUCCUAAUAAUAUACAUUUUUACCACUAGCCGGCCUCUGCCAAGUACCCUGCCCUGAACUUUAGUACUGUUACCAGCCGGCUACCACCCGGUACUCAACCCUGCACCUUAGAGACAGCUGCACUAUGUACAUAGUCAUUGAACACUGGUCACUUUAAGAAUGUUUACGUUGCUGUUUUACCAACUUCAUAUGUAUAUACAGUAUUCUAGUCAAGGCUCAUUCUAUAUAACUACUGCUGUACACACCUUUUCUGUUCAUAUACUGUCCAUAAUGUCUAUACACACCAUAAAAAUAUUAGGAACCCCCCCCACAGUUGUGCCAAGUUGGCUGGAUGGCCUUUGGGUGAUGGACCAUUCUUUAUACACACAGGAAAUUGUUGAGUGUGAAAAACUCAGCAGUUUUUGACACAAACCGGUGCGCCAGGCACCUACUACCAUACCCUGUUCAAAGGCACUUAAAUCAAUUGUCUUUCCCAUUCUCCCUCUGAAUCCAUGUCUCAAUUGUCUCAAGGUUGAAAAAAUCCUUCUUUAACCUGUCUCCUCUCCUUCAUCUAUACUUAUUGAAGUGGAGUUAACAAGUGACAUCAAUAAGGGAUUAUAGCUUUCACCUGGAUUCACCUGGUCAGUCUAUGUUAUGGAAAGAGCAGGUGUUCUUAAUGUUUUCUACACUCAGUGUAAAUAUAUAUUUAUAUUCCGGACUCUAAUAUUUCCAAAAUGCUUUCUUUUGAUUUUUUGUAUUUGCGUGUAUUGUUUUGUAUUGUUAGGUAUUAGUGCACUGUUGGAGCUAGGAACAUAAGCAUUUUGCUACACCCACGAUAACAUCUGCAAAAUAUGUGUAUGCGACCAAUACAACUUUAUUUUGUUUCAGGCUGGGCUUUUAGCACUACUAGCAGUAGCAGAAAAUGCCGGAGAGUUUGAAAAGAUCAUACAGCUGUCACAGAGGUUCCCAGGCUUUAUUUUCCCUUGUUUAGGUGUCCAUCCUGUACAGGGGACAGCUCCUGAGCCACAGAGAGGAGCCUUACUCCAGGUAUGUGCCCCAAACAAAGAUCAUCAUCUUCAUCGCCAUCACCAUCAUAAUGCUUGUCUACUAUGGCACUGUAUGUUAAAUGGUCAUAUUUUCUCUAUGCAGGAUUUAGAUGCUGCUUUGCCCCUGAUAGAGAAAUAUAAAGACCAUCUUGUUGCUAUUGGGGAGGUAAGUAGUCUUUGUAUUGAUUUUGUGUGCAGAUUGAAACAGAUCCACACUAAUCUCGUCCAGCAGGCAAAUUUCUCUAUGUGCCUUGCAAAAGUAUUCAUACCCCUUGGAUUUCUUCACAUUUUAUUGUGUUACAAAGUGGGGUUAAAAUGUAUUUCAUUGUAAUUUCAUUGUCAACAAUCUACUCAAAAUACUCUGUAAUGUCAAAGUGGUAGAAAAUGUAUAUUUAAAAAAAAGAUUAAUACAAAUUAAUAUAACUAAAAGAUAGUUGUUGCAUAAGUAUUCAGCCCCUUUGUUUUUGGCAAGCCUAAAUUAGUUCAGGAGUCGAAUUUGGCUUAGUAAAUCAGAUAAUAAGUUACAUGAACUCACUCUGUGUGAAAUAAUAGGGGUUGACAUGCUUUUUUUCAUGACUAACCCUUCCUCUGUCCCCCAUACAUACAACAUAUGUAAGGUCCCUCAGUCAAGUAUUGAAUUUCAAGCAGAGAUUAAACUGCAAAGACCAGGGAGCAUUUCGAAAGCCUCAUUUAGAAGGGCAGUGAUUAGUAGAUGGGUAACAAUAAUAAAUCAGACACUGAAUAUCUCUUUAAGCAUGGUCAAGUUAAUAAUUAUGUUGUGGAUUAUGUAUGAAACCACCCAGACACAUUGAAGAUACAGUCGUCCUUCUGAACUGAGCUGCAGGACAGAAAUGAAAGUGCUCAGGGAUGCUACCAUGAGGCCAUUGGUGAUUUUAAAACGGUUACAAUGGCUGUGAUAGGAAAAAACUGAGGUUGGAUCAACAACAUUGUAGUGUCUACACAAUAAUGACUUCAAUGACAGAGUGAAAAUAAUACAAAUGCAUGCAUUUUGUAUGCAACAAGGCGCUAAAGUAAUACUGCAAAAAAACACGGCAAAGGAAUAACCAUUUUGGCCUAAAUGCAAAGCUUUAUGUUUGGGGCAAAUCCAACACACCACGUUACUGAGUAACUGCCUCCUUAUUUUCAAGCAUGGUAGUGGCUGCAUCGUGGUAUGGGUAUGCUUGACAUUGGCAAAUACCAAUACGUUUUUCAGGAUGGAGCUAGACACAGGCAAAAUCCUAGAGGAAAACCUGCUUCAUUCUGCUUUACACCAGACCCUGGAAGAGUAAUUCACCUUUCAGCAGGACAAAAUCUACACUGGAGUUGCUUACCAAGAAGACAAUGAAUGUUCCUGAGUGGCCAAGUUACAGUUCUGACUUAAAUCUGCUUGAAAAUCAAUAGCAAGACUUGAAAAUUGCUGUCUAGUCAUGAAUUAUGAAAAUAGUAAUGGGCUAAUAUUGCACAAUCCAGUUGUGUAAAGCUCUUAGAGACCUUCCCAAGAAGACCCGCAGCUGUAAUCGCUGCCAAAGUUGUUUCUAUCAUGUAUUGACUCGGGGAGCUAAUAACUUAGUUAUUUAAUGUCUAUUCAUCUUUUUUCUGCUUUUUAUAUCUUCCACUUUGACAUUAUAGAGUAUUUUGUGUAGAUUGCAGAUUUUUUUAUUAAAUCCAUUUUAAUCCCACUUUGUAACACAAUAACACGUGAAGAAAUCCAAUGGGUAUGAAUACUUUUGCAAGGCACUAUAUGAGGCUGGAGUUAGAGCCACACUAGACAGUAACUCGUAGCAAACGGUGUCGCCCCCGCCUCCCGGAGUAGCUAGCAGUAAGCGGGGCGACACCGGUAGUAAGUGGUUGGUUGAUGAUCUUACAUCACUGAUAAUCAGUCUUCAUUGCCUUCACUGACAGGUAGGCUUGGAUUUCACCCCCAGAUUUGUCAGUGGUGACACGGACAAAGACAGUCAAAGACAGGUGCUUAUUCGGCAGGCAGAGAUUGCAAAACAAUUGGACCUUCCACUGUGAGUCUCACACUAAUAUAAACCAAAUCAAAAUGAUUGAGCAUGCGUUGUUGUUUGUAUUGAUACAUUUUCCUCAACGCCUGUUUGUUUUAAUCAAUAUAUAUUGUCACAUGGUUUCUGUAACAUGUAUCCAUUGUUUAGAAAUGUCCAUUCAAGAUCUGCAGGCAGACCUACUAUCCACCUGCUAAAGGAGCAAGGUAAUUGCACAUAUUUCUAUGUACACUACAUGACCAGAAGUAUGUGGACACGUGCUCAUUGAACAUCUCAUACCAAAAUCAUGGGCAUUAAUAUGGAUCUGGUCCCCCCUUUGCUGCUAUAGCAGCCUCCACUCUUCUGGGAAGGCUUUCCACUAGAUGUUGGAACAUUGCUGCGGGGACUUGCUUCCAUUCAGCCACAAGAGCAUUAGUGAGGUAGGGCACUGAUGUUGGGUGAUUAGGCCUGGCUCGCAGUUGGAGUUCCAAUUCAUCCUAAAGGUGAUCGAUGGGGUUGAGGUCAGGGCUCUGUGCAGGCCAGUCAAGUUACCGUGAGACAGGUAGUGUUCUCCAGGCAUCCGCCAAACCCAGAUUUGUCCGUCGGACUGCCAGAUGGUGAAGCGUGAUUCAUCACUCAAGAGAACGCGUUUCCACUGCUCCAGAGUCCAAUGGCAGUGAGCUUUACACCACUCCAGCCGAUGCUUGGCAUUGCGCGUGGUGAUCUUAGGCUUGUGUGCGGCUGCUUGGCCAUGGAAACCCAUUUCAUGAAGCUCCCGACAAAGUUACUGUACUGACGUUGCUUCCAGAGGCAGUUUGGAACUUGGUAGUGAGUGUUGCACUCGGCGGUUCCAUUCGGAGAGCUUGUGGGGCCUACCACUUCGCGGCUGAGCCAUUGUUGCUCCUAGCUGUUUCCACUUCACAAUAACAGCACUUACAGUUGACCGGGGCAGCUCUAGCAGGGCAGAAUUUUGACAAACUGACUUGUUGGAAAGGUGGCAUCCUAUGACGGUGCCAUGUUGGAAGUCACUGAGCUCUUCAGCAAGGCAUUAUUCUGCCAAUGUUUGUUGAUGGAGAUUGCAUGGCUGUGUGCUCGAUUUUAUACACCUGUCAGCAAAGGGUGUGGCUGAAAUAGCCAAAUCCACUAAUUUGAAGGGGUGUCCAAAUACUUUUGUAUAUAUAGUGUAUCUCCAUAUGGUUCUGGGUUAUGAUCAAUAUUACAUAUUUCUGUUCACAUGCAUAUACAGUGCCUUCAGAAAGUAUUCACACCCCUUGACUUUUUCCACAUUUUCCCAGAUUUCUUAAAACAAAUUAAUUAAAAAUGAAAAGCUGAAAUGUCUUUAGUUAAUAAGUAUUCAACCCUUUUGUUAUGGCAAGCCUAAAUAAGUUCAGCAGUAAAAAUGUGCUUAAUAAGUUGCAUGGACUCACUCUGUGUGCAAUAAUAGUGUUUAACCCCCUAGAGUCAAUUGACGCAGCGGUGCGUCAAUCUAAGUAAAAUAAUAAAAAAAUCCCCAUCAAAAUCCGUGUCAAUCAACCGCAUCCGCCUAUGUCACACUUCCGCAUCUGCAGUGAAAGGUGGCAGAGCUAGAGCGGUGUUUAUCAGACCAUGAGACAUCCUGAAAAUCGGUCUUCUCAUGAAAACGUCUGUAGCGUCCGAAUGGUUUGACCUACAAACUAUUAUGACCACUCCGUGGAAGGCUCUUACGAACACGAUAGUCACGAACACUCAUAUUUAAUAUUUAAAGCAUAUUUCAGCUUAGAAGUGAAGUGAAAAAAACAAUUUUUUCCAGAAAAUAAAUAACAGAAAAGUGGUGCGUGCAUAUAUAUUCACCCCCUUUGCUAUGAAGCCCCUAAAUAAGAUCUGGUGCAACCAAUUACCUUCAGAAGUCAUAUAAUUAGUUACAUAAAGUCCACCUGUGUGCAAUCUAAGUGUCACAUGAUGUCACAUGAUCUCAGUAUAUACAGUUGAAGUCUGAUUUUUACAUACACCUUAGCCAAAUACAUUUAAACUCAGUUUUUCACAAUUCCUGACAUUUAAUCCUAGUAGAAAUUCCCUGUUUUAGAUCAGUUAGGAUCACCACUUUAUUUUAAGAAUGUGAAAUGUCAGAAUAAUAGUAGAGAGAAUGAUUUAUUUCAGCUUUUAUUUCUUUCAUCACAUUCCCAGUGGGUCAGAAGUUUACAUACACUCAAUUAGUAUUUGGUAGCAUUGCCUUUAAAUUGUUUAACUUGGGUCAAACAUUUCGGAUAGCCUUCCACAAGCUUCCCACAAUAAGUUGGGUGAAUUUUGGCCCAUUCCUCCUGACAGAGCUGGUGUAACUGAGUCAGGUUUGUAGGCCUCCUUGCUCGCACACGCUUUUUCAGUUCUGCCCACAAAUGUUCUAUAGGAUUGAGGUCAGGGCUUUGUGAUGGCCACUCCAAUACCUUGACUUUGUUGUCCUUAAGCAAUUUUGCCACAACUUUGGAAGUAUGCUUGGGGUCAUUGUCCAUUUGGAAGACCCAAUUGUGACCAAGUUUUAACUUCCUGACUGAUGUCUUGAGAUGUUGCUUCAAUAUAUCCACAUAAUUUUCCUUCCUCAUGAUGCUAUCUAUUUUGUGAAGUGCACCAGUCCCUCCUGCAGCAAAGCACCCCCACAGCAUGAUGCUGCCACCCCCGUGCUUCACGGUUGGGAUGGUGUUCUUCGGCUUGCAAGCCACCACUUCUUUCCUCCAAACAUUACAAUGUUCAUUAUGGCCAAACAGUUCUAUUUUUGUUUCAUCAGACCAGAGGACAUGUCUCCAAAAAGUAUGAUCUUUGUCCCCAUGUGCAGUUGCAAACCGUAGUCUGGCUUUUUUAUGGCGGUUUUGGAGCUGUGGCUUCUUCCUUGCUGAGCGGCCUUUCAGGUUAUGUCGAUAUAGGACUCGUUUUACUGUAGAUACUUUUGUACCUGUUUCCUCCAGCAUCUUCACAAGGUCCUUUGCUGUUGUUCUGGGAUUGAUUUGCACUUUUCGCACCAAAGUACGUUCAUCUCUAGGAGACAGAACACGUCUCCUUCCUGAGCGGUAUGACGGCUGCGUGGUCCCAUGGUGUUUAUACUUGCGUACUAUUGCUUGGACAGAUGAAAGUGGUACCUUCAGGUGUUUGUAAAUUGCUCCCAAGGAUGAACCAGACUUGUGGAGGUCUACAAUUUAUUUUCUGAGGUCAUGGCUGAUUUCUUUUGAUUUUCCCAUGAUGUCAAGCAAAGAGGCACUGAGUAUGAAGGUAGGCCUUGAAAUACAUCCACAGGUACACCUCUAAUUGACUCAAAUGAUGUCAAUAGCCUAUCAGAACUUCUAAAGCCAUGACACCAUUUUCUGGAAUUUUCCAAGCUGUUUAAAGGCACAGUCAACUUAGUGUAUAUAUACUUCUGACCCACUGGAAUUGUGAUACAGUGAAUUAUAAUUGAAAUAAUCUGUCUGUAAACAAUUGUUGGAAAAAUUACUUGUGUCAUGCACAAAGUAGAUGUCCUAAACAACUUGCCAAAACUAUAGUUUGUUAACAAGACAUUUGUGGAGUGGUUGAAAAACAAGUUUUAAUGACUCCAACCUAAGUGUAUGUAAACCUCUGACUUCAACUGUACAUCAGAGCAUAUCCACAUCUCAGUAUAUAUACACCUGUUCUGAAAGGCCCCAGAGCAACACCACUAAGCAAGGGGCACCACCAAGCAAGCGGCACCAUGAAGACCAAGGAGCUCUCCAAACAGGUGUGGGACAAAGUUGUGGAUAAGUACAGAUCAGGGUUGUGUUAUAAAAAAUAUCAGAAACUUUGAACAUCCCACGGAGCACCAUUAAAUCCAUUAUUAAAAAAUUGAAAAAAUAUGGUACCACAACAAACCUGCCAAGAAAGGGCCGCCCACCAAAACUUACAGACCAGGGAAGGAGGGCAUUAAUCAGAGAGGCAACAAAGAGACCAAAGAUAACCCUGAAGGAGCUGCAAAGCUCCACAUCGGAGAUUGGAUUAUCUGUCCAUAGGGCCACUUUAAGCCGUACACUCCACAGAGCUGGGCUUUCCGGAAGAGUGGCCAGAUAAAAGCCAUUGCUUAAAGAAAAAAAUAAGCAAACACGUUUGGUGUUCGCAAAAAGGCAUGUGGGAGACUCUCCAAACAUAUGGAAGAAGGUACUCUGGUCAGAUGAGACUAAAAUUGAUCUUUUUGGCCAUCAAGGAAAACGCUAUGUCUGGCGCAAACCCAACACCUAUCAUCACCCCGAGAACACCAUCGGCAGGGACUGGGAAACUGGUCAGAGUUUAAGGAAUGAUGGAUGGCGCUAAAUACAGGGAAGCUCUUGAGGGAAACCUGUUUCAGUCUUCCAGAGAUUUGAGACUGGGACGGAGGUUCACCUUCCAGCAGGACAAUGACCCUAAGCAUACUGCUAAAGCAACGCUCAAGGUUUAAGGGGAAACAUUUAAAUGUCUUGGAAUGGCCUAGUCAAAGCCCAGACCUCAAUCCAAUUGAGAAUCUGUGGUAUGACUUAAAGAUUGCUGUACACCAGCGGAACCCAUCCAACUUGAAGGAGCUGGAGCAGUUUUGCCUUGAAGAAUGGGCAAAAAUCCCAGUGGCUAGAUGUGCCAAGCUUAUAGAGACAUACCACAAGAGACUUGCAGCUGUAAUUGCUGCAAAAGGUGGCUCUACAAAGUAUUGACUUUGGGGGGGGGUGAAUAGUUAUGCACGCUCAAGUUUUCUGUUUUUUUGUCUUAUUUCUUGUUUGUUUCACAAGAACAAAUAUUUUGCAUCUUCAAAGUGGUAGGCAUGAUGUGUAAAUCAAAUGAUACAAACCCCCAAAAAUCAAUUUUAAUUCCAGGUCGUAAGACAACUAAAUAGGAAAAAUGCCAAGGGGGGUGAAUACUUUCGCAAGCCACUGUACAAUUAUUUUUAAGGUCCCUCAGUCGAGCAGUGAAUUUCAAACACGGAUUCAACCACAAAGACCAGAGAGGUUUUCCAAUGCCUUGCAAAGAAGGGCACCUAUAGGUACUGUAGAUGGGUAAAAAAAAAAGCAGACAUUAAAUAUCCCUUUGAGCAUGGUGAAGUUAUUAAUUACACUUUGGAUGGUGUAUCAAUACACCCAGUCACUACGAAGAGACAGGCGUCCUUCCUAACUCAGUUGCCGGAGAGGAAGGAAACUGCUUUGGGAUUUCACCAUGAGGCCAAUGGUGAAUUUAAAACAGAUACAGAGUUUAAUGUCUGUGAUAGAAAACUGAGGAUGGUUCAACAACAUUGUAGUUACUCCACAAUACUAGCCUAAAUGACAGAGUGAAAAGAAGGAAGACUGUACAGAUUAAAAUAUUCCAAAACAUGCAUCCUGUUUGCAACAAGUCACUUAAGUAAUACUGCAAAACAUGUACUUUAUGUCCUGAAUAGGACUGUGGCGGUCAUGAAAUUUUGUCAGCCGGUGACAGUCAAGCAAAUAACUGCCGGUCUCACGGUAAUGUACUGUUAAUUAACAAACACAUGUAGUAUCUCCUGCCUUCCACGCAUAGCCUACAAGCCACUGACGCAGACCUUUCAGAACAUCUACAUUUUAAGAAGUCUAAUAGAUCCAUGUAAUAUAGCCUACACCAUCACAAUAUAUCCAUUAUUUGUUUUAGACAGGUCUAAAGAAACAUGAUAUGUGUUAAGUUCAUGUGUUAAAUAUCCCUAUGUUAUUAUGACGGCACUAUCACUCUGUUAUUAGUGCACCUGCGCAGUAGUCUCACUGGAGAUAGACCUGGCCUGAGUGUGAUGGCAACUAUGGACUGUGGAAAUACGUUGUUAAACUGGAACCUAGUCGUUGUGUCAUUUUGAGUUAACGAUAUGAAGAAAAUGUCGUCUAUUUUAGAAGAACAGAAUAGCAUACUCUGAGUUGUCCUUAUGUUAGACCCUGAUCUGGCUAUGCCAUAUGGCUGUUGGCUACACUAGUUAAUUUAGCAGACAAGAUUUGAUUCGAAUUCUGUGGAAUUAUUUUAUAGUAUGAAGAAUACAUUUGAACAUAGUUUAAUAAAAUAGAAAGGAUAUUUUCUCCAAACGAUUUGAGGGCGUGUGCACAUGCGGCUAUUCUGUGUUGAGCGGUUAACAAAGAAACGGGUACACCUAUAUGCUUAAUUUAGAGUUAUUGGUGAAAGUAUCUUCCCCAAACAUGAAACUGACGCGCUGCGUAUGUGUGCCUGUUAGGCUCUACACCCAUUGUAAAGUGGAUUAAUGUGCUUCAUUUUAAGAAGUUAUUUGGCCACUUUAGUUGUGAUACAAACCUUAUAGGCCAAUGGGCUAGGCUACAUGAGGUGUGCCACUAUGAUUUGAAAAAGUCACACAAAAAAUAUGCGCUGUUUCUUGCCAUAAGCUGUGCAUCAUUCACAAGUGAUAAUAUAUCAUUCACAAGUGAUAGGCUAAUAUUGUCACCCAUCUUGAUUUAAUAUUGUCUUUACAUAUACUAAAUAAUAUGUGUGAAAUUUGUUUUUAUUUAGAAUGGACCAUUAUCAUGCACCUGUCUCGAAACACGGGCAGCGGAAAAAAUUUAAUGUAAUCUAUGCACUUAAAUAGAGAAUGGAGGACGCUUUUCCCAUGGUUCAUUUUCAUGCCAGCCAGGUAGGCUAUACUCCUGCUGUAAAGAGAAGCAGUGUGCUAUAUAGUAGGCCUAGCCUAUAGAAAGCUGAUGGGAUCCUCCUCUUUUUAAUAGAGGCCAUCACUCUGUUGUCUCAUGCGAUUGCAUAGCCUAUAGAAAUGUUGCGCAACUUGAGCUCAUGGUCUCUCAUGAAGUGUUUGAUUAGAUUUUCGAUUACAUUUGCAUUAAUGUCAGAGUGAUAAGAGUGACAAUAGAGUGCUGAGUACCAGGCAGUUAGCAAGUUUGGUAGGCUACUAAUGACUAUUAGCAGCAUCAGAGUUGGAGAAGCCUAAUUACCGUGACUAAACGGUCACGUGUAAUUUGACUGCCGUCAUGACUCGUAACCGCUGGUGUGGCGGUAUUACAGUCACCGUAACAGCCCUAGUCCUGAAUACAAAGCGUUAUGUUUGGGGCAAAUCCAACACAACUCAUCACAGAGUACCACUCUUCAUAUUUUCAAGCAUGGUAGUGGCUGCAUCAUGUUAUAGGUAUGCUUGUCAACGGCAAGGACUAGGGAGUUUUUUGGGAUAAAAAUUAACAGAAUAGAGCUAAGCACAGGCAAAAUCCUAGAAGAAAAUCUGGUUCAGUCUGUUUUCCAACAGACACUGGGAGACAAAUUCACCUUUCAACAGGACAAUAACCUAAAACACACAAGGCCAAAUAUACACUGGAGUUGCUUACCAAGACAACAUUGAAUAUUCCUGAGUGGCCUAGUUACAGUUUUGACUUAAAUUGGCUUGGAAAUCUAUGGCAAGACUUGAAAAUGGCCAUCUAGCAAUGAUCAACAACCAACUUCACAGAGCUUGAAGAACUUUAAAAAUAAUAAUGUGCAAAUAUUGUACAAUCCAGAUCUCUUAGAGACUUACCCAGAAAGACUCACAGCUGUAAUCGCUGCCAAAGGUGAUUCUAACAUGUGUUGACUUAGGGGGCUGAAUACCUACAGUGGGGAGAACAAGUAUUUGAUACACUGCCGAUUUAGCAGGUUUUCCUACUUACAAAGCAUGUAGAGGUCUGUAAUUUUUAUCAUAGGUACACUUCAACUGUGAGAGACGGAAUCUAAAACAAAAAUCCAGUAAAUCACAUUGUAUGAUUUUUAAGUAAUUAAUUUGCAUUUUAUUGCAUGACAUAAGUAUUUGAUCACCUACCAACCAGUAAGAAUUCCGGCUCUCACAGACCUGUUAGUUUUUCUUUAAGAAGCCCUCCUGUUCUCCACUCAUUACCUGUAUUAACUGCACCUGUUUGAACUCGUUACCUGUAUAAAAGACACCUGUCCACACACUCAAUCAAACAGAAUCCAACCUCUCCACAAUGGCCAAGACCAGAGAGCUGUGUAAGGACAUCAGGGAUACAAUUGUAGACCUGCACAAGGCUGGGAUGGGCUACAGGACAAUAGGCAAGCAGCUUGGUGAGAAGGCAACAACUGUUGGCGCAAUUAUUAGAAAAUGGAAGAAGUUCAAGAUGACGGUCAAUCACCCUCGGUCUGGGGCUCCAUGCAAGAUCUCACCUCGUGGAGCAUCAAUGAUCAUGAGGAAGGUGAGGGAUCAGCCCAGAACUACACGGCAGGACCUGGUCAAUGACCUGAAGAGAGCUGGGACCACAGUCUCAAAGAAAACCAUUAGUAACACACUACGCCGUCAUGGAUUAAAAUCCUGCAGCGUACGCAAGGUCCCCCUGCUCAAGCCAGUGCAUGUCCAGGCCCGUCUGAAGUUUGCCAAUGACCAUCUGGAUGAUCCAGAGGAGGAAUGUGAGAAGGUCAUGUGGUCUGAUGAGACAAAAAUAGAGCUUUUUGGUCUAAACUCCACUCGCCGUGUUUGGAGGAAGAUGAAGGAUGAGUACAACCCCAAGAACACCAUCCCAACCGUGAAGCAUGGAGGUGGAAACAUCAUUCUUUGGGGAUGCUUUUCUGCAAAGGGGACAGGACGACUGCACCGUAUUGAGGGGAGGAUGGAUGGGGCCAUGUAUUGCGAGAUCUUGGCCAACAACCUCCUUCCCUCAGUAAGAGCAUUGAAGAUGGGUCGUUGCUGGGUCUUCCAGCAUGACAACGACCCAAAACACACAGCCAGGGCAACUAAGGAGUGGCUCCGUAAGAAGCAUCUCAAGGUCCUGGAGUGGCCUAGCCAGUCUCCAGACCUGAACCCAAUAGAACAUAUUUGAAGGGAGCUGAAAGUCCGUAUUGCCCAGCGACAGCCCCGAAACCUGAAGGAUCUGGAGAAGGUCUGUAUGGAGGAGUGGUCCAAAAUCCCUGCUGCAGUGAGUGCAAACCUGGUCAAGACCUACAGGAAAUGUAUGAUCUCUGUAAUUGCAUACAAAGGUUUCUGUACCAAAUAUUAAGUUAUGCUUUUCUGAUGUAUCAAAUACUUAUGUCAUGCAAUAAAAUGCAAAUGAAUUACUUAAAAAUCAUACAAUGUGAUUUUCUGGAUUUUUGUUUUAGAUUCCGUCUCUCACAGUUGAAGUGUACCUAUGAUAAACAUUUCAGACCUCUACAUGCUUUGUAAGUAGGAAAACCUGCAAAAUCGGCAGUGUAUCAAUACUUGUUCUCCCCACUGUAUGUAAUCAAGAUAUAUUCGUGUUUUUUUAUUUUUACAAACGUUAUAAUUUUUCUUCCACUUUGACAGAGUAUUUAGUGUAGAACUUUGACAAAAAAAGGACAUCCAUUUUAAUCCCACCUUGUAUCACAACUAAAUGUGGAAAAAGUCAAGGGGUGUGAAUACUUUGCCAAAAUAAUUCAUAUAGAAAACAAUGCAUGUCUUUUGACUUUCCACUAGGUGUUGAGAAAGCUCUUCUUCAUGCUUUUGAUGGGAAACCCUCAGUUGCCAUGGAGGGAGUGAAGGCUGGGUAUUUCUUCUCCAUUCCUCCAUCUAUAGUAAGAAGUGAACAGGUAAAUAGUUUUUUAAAUUAUAACUUUCUUUUUCUUUAAGUGUAUUGAGGCUUUUGUUAAAUGCAUUUAAAUAAAUAGCAAUUUGAUUUGUUUUCUCACACUUAGUAGUACUAACACUACAGCACUUGUUCACACAUUGUUAAAAAAAAAUGUUUGAUGCAUUUUAUCUGAACAGAUGUGAGUCUUGUACUGUCUGAACUAUGUCACUUAAUUUGAACUUAUAUGUCUCUUUCUUUUUUUAAAUGUGUUUUCCCACAAGAAGCAGAAGCUAGUGAAACAGCUGCCGCUGGAGAGCAUGUGUCUAGAAACCGAUUCACCUGCCUUGGGUCCAGAGAAACAGGUAGGAUUGUUAACUUAUUUAUUUAUUUACACACAAAAACAAAGUGCAAUAUACAUAAAACAUAACACAGUUUAUAUAUACUGAACAAAAAUAUAAACACAACAUGUAAAGUGUUGGUCCCAUAUUUCAUGAGCUGAACUAAAAGAUCCCAGAAAUGUUCCAUACACACAAAAACCUUCUUUCUCUCAAAUGUUGUGCACAAAUGUGUUUACAUCCCUGUUAGUGAGCAUGUCUCCUUUGCCAAGAUAAUCCAUCCACCUGACAGGUGUGGCAUAUCAAGAAGCUGAUUAAACAGCAUGAUCAUUACACAGGUGCACCUUGUGCUGGGGACAAUAAAAGGCCACUCUAAAAUGUGCAGUUUUGUCACACAACCCAAUGCCACAGAUGUCUCAAGUUUUGAGGGAGGAAUGCCUAUCAGACCUGUUGCCAGAGAAUUGAAUGUUAAUUUCUCUACCAUAAGCUGCCUCCAAAGUUGUUUUAGAGAAUUUGGCAGUAGGUCCAACCGGCCUCACAACCGCAGACCACGUGUAUGGCUUCAUGUGGGCGAGCGGUUUGCUGAUGUCAACGUUGUGAACAGAGUGCCCCAUGGUGGCGGUGGGGUUAUGGUUUGGGCAGGCAUAAGCUACGGACAACGAACACAAUUGCAUUUUAUCAAUGGCAAUUUGAAUGCACAGAGAUACCGUGACGCGAUCCUGAGGCCCAUUGUCGUGCCAUUCAUCCACCGCCAUCACCUCAUGUUUCAGCAUGAUAAUGCACAGCCCCAUGUCGCAAGGAUCUGUACACAAGCUGAAAAUGUCCCAGUUCUUCAAUGGCCUACAUACUCACCAGACAUGCCACCCAUUGAGCAUGUUUGUGAUGCUCUGGAUCAAUGUGUACGACAGCAUGUUCCAGUUCCCACCAAUAUCCAGCAACUUCGCACAACCAUUGAAGAGGAGUGGGACAACAUUCCACAGACCGCAAUUAACAGCCUGAUCAACUCUAUGCAAAGGAGAUGUGUUGCGCUGCAUGAGGCAAAUGUUGGUCACACCAGACACUGACUGGUUUUCUGAUCCACGCCCCUACCUUUUUUUUAAAGGUAUCAGUGACUAACAGAGGCAUAUCUGUAUUCCCAGUCAUGUGAAAUCCGUAGAUUAAGGCCUAAUGAAUUCAUUUCAAUUGACUGAUUUCCUUAUAUGAACUGUAACUCAGUAAAAUCUUUGAAAUGUUUAUAUUUUUGUUCAGUGUAGAACAUUGACUUUAUCCUGGUUUGAAAGUGGUUGUACAUCAAAGAAUGUUUGAAAGUGAUUUUAUACAUCUAAGAAUAUUUUUUAGAGAUGGUAUUACUAACACUAGUCAUGCUUUUGCGUCUUAAACAUAGGUGAGAAAUGAGCCGAAGAAUAUCUCUGUCUGUGCUGAGUACAUCAGUAAGAUCAAAGGGGUUCCCUUGGAGACGGUGAUGGAGGUGACGACACAGAAUGCCCUGCGCCUGUUCCCCAGGCUCAAGACAUUACUCAGAGCCUGAACAACCAAGUCUGGGAUUCAAUCCAAGGCACGUUAUAUAGCAGCGCAUGGCUCUUGACUUUUAAAGGUAAUUUAUACUUGAGCUGACAUGCACAGUGUUUACCGUGAAUGUGAUACCCUCGAACGUCAGGGAUAUUUCCUUUCAAAGGCGCAUGUUCAGCUGUCCAGUGCGCUGCUCUAUAAGAGGCCUUGGAUUGAAUCUCACCCUCUUGGGUGAAGUCCCUGAAAGUCACACCUUGGUGUUAUAUCAGCAAGGAUGUAGAGGGAAAUAAGGCAACCGAAAGGCCUACAAACUGAACAGCAUUUAUAAUGACUUUCAAGUUGGAGCUGCUUUUGGACUCUCAGUGUAUGCCUUGGAGUUGAGGUGUACAGUUAAAAAAAUAAACUGAGAUUGAAAUGUUUCAGUAUUUCUGUUCAUAUCCAACAUCUGUUAUCUAACAAACUAAGUAAAUAUGAUAAAUGUAUUUCUUUAAAUAAAUAUGUUAAUUAUGUGUUACAACUGGGGCUGUGGUGGUCACGAAAUUCCGUCAGCCGGUGACAGUCAAGCAAAUAACUGUCGGUCUCACGGUAAUUGACCGUUA